GUGUGAUCCAUUCACUUAUAAAAGGUGGACUAUGAGGUGUCCAAGUAAGAUCAGUCAAAUAAGGAAUAAGUCUUCCCUACUAUCAUGUUCCUGAUCAUUGAAUAGUGGAAACCACCUUUUUCCUUUCUAACCCAAGCCCAAUUGCUCAUGUAUUAAAUACCUCGAUUCAUAAUUGAAGAGAACAUUCACUAAUUCCAAAAAAAAUUAUUACUGUUUAUCACUCACUUUCAAUUUCUACUGUACUAACGGGUUUAUGCAGAAAGGUUGAAGAAAGAACACCAAAAAAAAAAAAAAGAAAUGACAGAGAAUUACCGCUUUGGUUUCCUAGAAAUUUCUAUUACUAUAAAGGUGGUGCGAGAUGAAGACAUAGAAAAACAGAUUGGAAAGGAUAUAUGUUUUGAUCUUGUAGCCCUUGACAAGGUUAAAAGUUUGUAUGCUUCAAAGUUUAUAACCUUUAAUGACUUCAAGAAAAAACUAGCUACUGUGUAUGACAUACCAGCUCAAUUCCAGCGCUUUUGGAUAUUUAAACAGCGGCCAAACCUGACAUUUCGUCCAUUUCGGCCAAUGACACACAUCGAGGAAUCAGGAUCUAUUGAACAAUUUAAUGUGAAAAACAAAGCAGAAUUAAUAUUGUUUCUGGAAGUGAAGCGUGGGCUGGAUUUAUGUCCCAUUGCACUUGUUAACCUGAAAAAGGAUGAUAUAUUACUUUUCUUCAAGUUAUAUGAUCCUGAAAGAGAGACUCUACGUUAUGUUGGAAGGCUCUUUGUGAACUGUAAGGAUAAGCCGUCGAACAUUUUAGCAAGAUUAAAUGAAAUGGCUGGUUUUGACCCUGAUCAAGAGAUUGAACUUUAUGAGGAAAUCAGGUCUGAACCAAAUGUGAUAUGUGAACCUGUUGAUGUACACAUCACAUUUAAUGAAAGCCAGCUAGUUAAUGGUGAUAUUAUAUGCUUUCAAAAAUCUUCGGCCGUGGAUAAUGAGAAACAUUUUUCCAUUCCUGACGUGCCUUCUUACUUCAAAUAUGUGCACAAUAGUAAGCUUCCUUUUUCUUCCUUCAGCCAAAGAAUCGGAAGAUCAAAAAUCAAUAGAGCUGAAGAAGCGUUUGUUGACAGAAAUGCUGCAGCACACCAGUCAGAAGUGGACAUAAAGACUACUACCGAUGAAAAUUCCAGCAAACGCAACAAUUCAAAAAUCAUCAUCGGAGACUUGGAAGAAAUUGAUGCUUUGAUAAAGGUUGAUGUCAUUGAUGUAAUCGACAAAGUUUUAUCGGAAGAGAUUUCCAUUUCACUACAAUCUCAGCAUUCUAAACAAUCAAGGGAACUGGAUCACAACCUCUCUCAGCGAUUUCUUCAGGAAUUGAGGGAUAUUGCCUUUAAAGAAGGCUUGGUUGAAAAGUUUAAAGGGUUCACUCAAAAAGUUAACUUCAACUUCAACGCCGUCAAGGAAAGAAGUGAUGCCAAUGCAGAUGCGUUCUCCUCUUGGCAAUUAGAACAUGUGGAUGUUAUUGUUAGCCUUCUCAAUAAUAUUGUGAGUGUGUUUGACAAACUUGAAGAUUUGAAAAAAGGGCCAGUCACAGCUAUAAAGUGCACUGAUGAAGAUAACAAAGAAUUGAAUAAGAUAAGACAGAAAAUACUGACUUCAAUAGCAUCCUUCUCCAAAAACCAAACAGAACUCAAAUCUCUAGAUGCUGAAAUUGCUGAUCUUAAAGGGAAACUUGAAAAUUUACAAGGUGACAGGGUUAAAAUGGUUGAGAUCCAAGAUCAGGAGAGAGAUAAAAUCACAUCUUUCAAUAAAGAAGUUAAAUCAAUUAUAUAUCGCCUUGCUGAUGAUAAAAUGAAGAUGAAAAGUGCUGAAUCUAAUAUCUUAGAGGCCAAAACUGAAUUAGAAAGUCAUGACAAGAUCUACAAGACCUUUACAAGACUUUUAGGACAAUUCCUCCAUUUUGAUUUAUGUAUUUGGAUGAUCUUUUUGCUCGCAAUUUUUAACUUGAUAUAUAAAAUUAAGUCUAAUUGAUAGUUUCAGUUCAUAAUGAGUAGGAAUUUUGAAAUAGGAUUUGAGUCCAAAAUACAUGAAUCUCUCACCAUUCAAAUUUAUGCCAUCUAAAUUUUUCAUAUUUCUUCUUUUCUCUUCUUUAUUUACA